AUGUCGGAAGUGCUGCCAUUCAACGAGGAGAAAAUGAGUCACUACGAAGGCGAAGAGGGGCAUCUGUCGUUCACCUGUCGCCUGCAAGACACCAACAACUUCCUCUGUGGGAACCAGAGCAAGCGCCCGCCAAAGCUGGGCCAGAUAGGCAGAAGCAAACGGGUGAUUGAAGACGAAAACGCAGUGGAGGACGCGCAGCAAAAUGGAACAGAGAAAACUCCGGCGGAAGCUUAG